AUGGCGGGCAGAACAGGAACAGACGUUGCUACUGAAAGCCAUCCAGAAGAAAAGGCCAAAGACUUUCGGUUCCCACAGAAUGAGAUCGGAAUAAGCGACAAAGUACUGGUAGCAGAUGCGGCCAUUGGUUUUGCUAUUGAGAAAGAAUUGGGGCCGUGGGAAGCUGCUAAAGCAUAUCCGAAUGCCAUCUUAUGGGCGUUUGUAAUGGCAGCCUGCGUCAUCAUGGAAGGAUAUGAUACUGCUCUGCUUGGUAGCUUCUUUGCGUAUCCGUCGUUUCAGAUUAAAUUUGGGAAAUCUGUUGGAGUUUCUCCUUCGACACCCAGCGGGUACCAACUAACGGCUGCCUGGCAGUCUGGGGUAAGCCAAGCACCUAAUGUGGGAGGCUUCAUCGGAGCCAUCAUUAAUGGCUGGCUCGUAACAGCCUUUGGCCAGAGACGCGUGGUCUUAUGGUCACUUAUUUGCAUGAUGGCCUUGAUCUUUAUUCCCUUCUUUGCGCCCAAUCUGAUUGUCCUUACAAUUGGCGAAUUUCUCUUGGGCUUUCCUUGGGCGACUUUGGCGACUUGUGCCAUUUCCUACGCCUCUGAAGUUCUGCCGCCAUCUAUUCGAACUUACUUGACUUCCUACACUAACAUGUGUUUCAUUAUCGGCCAACUGAUUGCGGAUGGAGUGCUAAAGGGGCUGUCUAAUCACACAAGUGAAUGGGCAUAUAGAAUUCCAUUUGCGAUCCAAUGGGUGUGGCCUUGUUUCCUGAUCCCCCUGGUAUAUCUUGCUCCUGAAAGCCCAUGGUACCUUGUCCGCGUGGGCCGCAUUGAAGAGGCAGAGAAAUCGCUGCGUCGACUCCAGAGCUCCAAUGCGAGGAUCGAUCCAAAGCAUACUCUCGCAACCAUAAUACAUACAAACGAGUUUGAGCGAGAGAACAACAUAGGAACAAGCUACUGGGACUGUGUUAAAGGAGAAGAGCUCCGCCGAACCGAGAUCGCUUGCAUGGCCUUUACUGGUGCGGUGCUAUGCGGUAUCAAUUUCGCUUAUAACAGUUCUUAUUUCUUUCAGAGCAUUGGCGUUAGCACGUCUACAACGUACUCAUUGAGCCUUGGAGGUGUUUGCUUGGGCCUUGUAGGAUGUUUCCUUAAUUGGUUCGCUUUGGCACAAGCCGUGCUUACCUUAUUGUGGACUUUCGUCUUCCAGCUCACCGUUGGCCAACUCAGCUGGGCAUAUCCGGCUGAAAUAGGAUCUACCCGUCUUCGUCAAAAGACUAUCUGCAUUGCGAGAGAUGUACAUGGUAUUGUGAAUAUCGUAUCUGGGAUUCUUCAACAAUAUUUUAUGAACCCUGAGGCGUGGAAUGUCAAGGGUUAUGUCGGAUUUGUUUGGGGCGGUACUUGUUGUUUCAUGGUCAUCUGGUCGUAUUUCCGCCUUCCAGAGACAUGGAAUAGACCAUAUGAGGAACUGGAUAUUCUGUUUGCUCAAAAGACACCAGCAAGAAAAUUUGCUGCUACCAAAGUGCAUCCUAUCGAAGAUGUUACUAUCACCCAAGUAAAAAAGCAGGAAGCUUAG